GGGGCGACCGGCACCGGCGACAGCACAGCACAGCACAGCACAGCACAGAACAGCACAGAACAGCACCACACCACAACGCAAUACCGCAGAAUCACGAACAGCUGCAUUCGAACUCUCUUAGCGAUUGAUCGAGGUGAACAAGAUGGCGACGGGGGGCAUCAAUCUCUCGAAGGAGUUCUUCGAACUUCUCAAGGCGGUCGGCGAGUCGAAAUCGAAACAGGAGGAGGAUCGCAUCAUGGCCAAGGAAGUAAUGUGCCUGAAAAAGAAGCUCUCCCCCGUUCCAGCGGGAGCUAGCAACCCGCUCCAGAGCAAGAAAAAAUCCAGGGAAUUCCUGGUCCGCUUGCUGUACGUGGAAAUGCUGGGGCACGACGCCUCCUUUGGGUACAUCAAGGCGGUGGAAAUGGCCGCGUCGGCGUCUCUCUACCACAAGCGGACGGGAUACCUGGUGUGCAGCGCGUGCCUGAGCCCGGACCACGAGUUCCGAUUCAUGCUGGUCAACCAGAUGCAGCGGGACAUGCAAUCGGCGAACGUGCUGGAAAUCUGCGGCGGUUUGCUGGCUGCCACGUCCCUGAUUACCUCGGACAUGGUCCCCGCCAUGUCKGGAGAGGUGACCAAGCUGAUUUCCCACGACAGCGAAACCGUCCGGAAAAAGGCCAUCAUCACCCUGCACCGGCUCUUCCAGCUGGCCCCGGACGUGGUGUCUUCCGAAGAACUCCUGGAGAAGGCCAAGAAGGUUCUGUGCGACCGCGAUCCCGCYGUAAUGGGAAGCUGUCUCAACGUCAUCGAGGACAUGGCCAAGCGCAAUCCCGUGGACAUCAAGCCCCUCAUUCCCUCGCUGGUCAGCAUUCUCAAGCAAAUCUCCGAGCGACGGCUCCCGGACGAGUUCAACUACCACCGCGUACCGGCCCCCUGGAUGCAAAUCCGGGUCGUUCGCAUCCUCUGCUUGCUCGGACAGGCCGAUGCCGAGGCCAGCAGCGGCAUGUACGAGGUUCUMAACGAAACGAUGAAGCACGCCGACAUUGGCAUCAACGCCGGGUACGCAAUCGUCUACGAAUGCAUCAAGUGCAUCACUAAGAUAUACCCCAACCCAAAGCUACUGGAUGCGGCGGGUGACGCCAUUGCGAGGUUCAUCGAGUCUCGGUCGAACAAUCUCAGGUAUCURGGAGUGACCGGGUUGGCGAUGAUCGUCGAAACGCACCCCCAGUACGCCGCCCAGCACCAAAUGUCCGUGAUGGACUGCCUGGAAGAYCCGGACGAGACGCUCCAGCGAAAAACGCUCGAUCUGCUCUAUCGAAUGACCAAUCCUGUCAACGUUGAAUUCAUCACCGACAAGCUCUUGGUCUUUUUGGAUGGGACCACCGACCUCUUCCUGAAACAGCAGCUCACGACACGCAUUUGCAGCGUCGCGGAACGAUACGCUCCCAGCAAUGCGUGGUACAUUACCACCAUCACUCAUCUCUUCGAGGUGUCCGGUGACAUGGUCGAUCAACAGGUCGCCCAGAACCUCAUGAGCCUGAUUGCCGAGGGAACGGGGGAGUCGGAAGAGGCCGACAUGAUGCUGCGCCAAACCGCCAUCGAGCUCUACGUCAACCUGCUGCAAGACAAACCCCCCGCCAAGCUUCCUAGAAUAUUGCUGGAAACGAUGGCCUGGUGCUUGGGUGAAUACGCCUACCUGAGCGCGGCGGUGUCUCUGGAAGAAAUCCUCACCAAGUUGUGCCAGUGGAACAAGUCCAUCUUGCAUCCGUCCACGAGACGAUUCCUGACGUCUGCCAUCUUCAAACUGGUGGCCCAGCUGGGAACCUGCCCGCCCCAGGCAGCGGUGGUCGUGGACGAAUACACGCGCAGCAAGGACCUCGAUUUGCAGCAACGGUGUCUGGAGUUCCAGUCCUUGUUGAUGAACGCUCCGCAGUACCUGGGAGAAAUUCUUCCGGUGGAUGCUUCUGCCGAAGACAUGGAGGUGGAUCCCAACCUGAGCUUCCUGGACGGCUACUGCCAGCAGGCCCUCGCAAACGGCGCGCGUCCGUACGAAAAGCCCGAAGACGACGACGACGACGACUACGAUUACGGUACGUCUGGUUCCGGAAGCGGAGCCAGUGCCUUCAACAUGACUCCCUAUGCCAAACCGGAAACCAACGUCAGUCGGUCCACCAUGAUGGCCCGAGGAGUCGGCGGUGGUCCGCAGGGGGCUAUAGCAAGUCCCGCCGGAGUUGCUCUGCCUCCUGGAAGCUCUUCGGGAAGCCAGGCACAGGUUUCGACCAACCUAGACGUCGUUGGUGACGGCUUGAGCUUGAACACCCGAGGUGCCGCCAACGUGUGGGGAAAGAAACCCGCAGCACCCCCCGCCCCGGCCGCACCCGCUCCAGCUGCCCCAGCGGCCGUGGCGGAUCCCACCCCGAGCCAACCUGCCAACACGUUUGGAAGUGGGCACACCGCGUAUGGCGGGAUGGGAGGAUUCGGACAAACGUCCGCUCCGGCACCGGUUGUUCCAGAAAAGACCCCGGAACAGCUCGAGAAGGAACGCCAAGCGGCAGCGCUGUUUGGUGGCAUGAUCCCGGGACAACCCCCACCGCCGCCACGAGCUGCUGCUCCGCCACCACCAAGGGCCGUGCCUGCUUCGGCACCGCCCGUCGCAGCAMCCCCCGUUGCAGCGGCACCCCCCGUCGCUGCCGCGCCGCCACCGGCRGAAGCACCCAUUUUCGACCUGCUCGACUUUGGGGCUCCCGCACCGGCUGCCCCUGCACCGGCUGCCCCCGCGGGUGACCUGGUGGACAUUUUUGGUYMCGCGACGCUCGAACCCACCCCGAUGGCACCCCCUCCCGCAGCACCUCCCGCUCCCGCACCGAUUGUGGAGACCGUCAGCGAGGAGGAACCGGAACCCGCCGCACCCCCUCCUGCUCCCGCUCCCGUAGAUCCAUUCGCGGCCGAGGGACUCUUGGGAGACCUACAAACGCCUACACUGCAAGGGUUUGGUGCUUCCACUUCCAAAUUCGAGUUCAAUGGUGCGCCCAUGGCACCCCUGAAGAUCACAACCCCCCAGUUUGGACAAAACUGGGGCAGUUGCCCGGCAACGUCCCCGAUCGCCCUGACCUCUCGAAAGGUGGUUUCCCUAGAUCAGUUCAUGAAGGAAUGCGAAAGCUCCGGGCUGCACCCCAUCGAGGCAAUUGGUGCCACGAACGAGGGCAUCUGCGGAGGGAUGUUCGACGGUGGGUCCAAGAUYGUCUUGGUGCACGGCAAGGUUUCGCCGCUCCCCAGCGGCGAAAGCAGCCUGGCCAUCACGGUCAAGUCCGGGGACGCAACCCUGUCGGGAUCGCUGGCGCUCUAUCUGCAAAACAUGAUGAAGUAAUAGUAAUGAAGAAGGACAACGGAUCCGCUUUCUUCGAUGGAACGAAAGAAAUGGAUUGGGAAGGAAGGCACACCCAGUUUCAAAAUCGAUUCACGUAAUCAAAAGCACAUUAUUAU